CCGGGUGUCCUGUUUUCCUACGGCGCGAUGUUCGUGAACGCCUCCCGGGUCGAGCAGGAUGUUGUUGUUAGCUCCAGCGGUGGAGGAGGAGGACAUCCUGUAGUCUCACAUCUGGACGCUUCGAAGUAAUGGGCUGAGAUCCACCCUCAUUUAAUCCCUAUUCAAAAUGGCGAGAGACAGACAGUGCAUCCUCUGUGAAACAAUCCAUGUUUCCAAGCAGGAGAUGGAUGAGCACAUGAGAAGUAUGCUGCACCACCGAGAGCUGGAGAAGCUCAAAGGACGGGACUGCGGGCAUGAGUGCCGAGUGUGCAAGGUGACGGUGGUGAGCCUGACUGAUUAUGCCAGCCACAUUUCCAGUCCCACGCACAAGCAGAAUGUGGAGGCUGCGGAACAAAAGCCCGCUAGGAAAGGCCACAAGGAUUACUUCGACCAGGCUCUGGUGGACCUGAUUGAAAAGAGAAAAGAGAAGAUCAGGAAAGAAAAGGAGGCUGCUGCUGCGAAGCUGGCAAAAGAAGAAGACGAUUGUAGGAGAAAGGAGGAGUUUCAUCAGAGGUUAAAGGAAGCUAAGGAGCGUUACCAGCGAGAAUACACCUGGCAGCAGCCUUCACAGGGGUCAGGUGGAUCUGGUCAGCACAAUUCUUGGUACGGCGGCAACAGAUACAAUGCCAGAUCAGGGGAGCCACGGCCCUGGCACUACAACCAACAGGGAAAGAGCGCCACCUGGCAUGCUCAGGAGCCUCCCAACUUUCAGAAAUGGGGAUCCGAAGAGUGUGUUGGUGGAAGCUUGCAUAACCAGGGAGGGUGGAACAGGAGGCAAUGGGAUCAGGGUGGAUGUUCUGGCAAUCAACAGAAUCGACUGCCUUGGCUCAGCAGUGGAGGCAGUAGUAAUGGGGUCUACGGCCAAAACAAUAUAUCUCAGUACCAACAAAGAGGCCGUCCCUUUGGAAGUUCGGGGCCAAAUAAUACGCAUCCACCUCCACCCAAUUUGUAUUCCCGGGGUUCUAACCAGUUUCAAAAUACUGCCAGUAACGAGCGAAGUCAGCAGAGUAGUGGGGUUCAAGUAAGCAAGGGACAAACAGCAGAAGCUGAGCACAACAGCAGUAAAAGCUCUAAGACCUUUGGUAGCAAUCCAAAGCUGGACAAAGCCUGUCGCUGGUCCCCGUACCCAGUCACAAAGAGCUCUGAGUCCGGGUCCCAAAGAGACACCAACCCAAGUUCGUCAGAGAAGCACCCCAAAGUCCCUAAAGCCCAGAAGCAAGAUAAAACACCAGAGACCAGUGCCGUUAACAGGCUGUCCCGACCUGACAGGAAACCAGGGCCGUUGCCUUCUAGUGGACAAACUGUGGAGGCAAAACAGAAGCAAAAAAGAGAUGCUAAAACCAAACCGAGGGAUAGCAGCAGUAGCAGCAGCAGUAGAAGCAGCAGUGCUCAGAGAGAAGGACACCAGAGCUCUGCAUCUGCUCCUUCCACUCAGAAGGUAAAUAAAUCGUUGCUGCAGAAAGAUAAGAAGAAGUCCUCACUUCCUGGUCUCACCACUCAACUAAGUAAGGCCUCCAGUUUAGAACAUGCGCAAUCAAAGCCCACUUCAAAACAGAGUGGACUCAGCUCUAUAGCUCCACUUAUUGGGCCCCUGAAAUCAAGGCAAGAACGGCAGCUCCCUGAAGUCCUCAGGAAAGAAAGACAGACAGUAUCAGAAAAGAGAGGUUCUCUGGAUAGCUCGAGUAAGGACAGGAUGGAAAUAUCACAGCACAUUGAGGAGGAGCAGCAGAGAGAUUGUGCUCAGAGUCAGAUCGGAGUAAACAAAGAAAACAGCUUCAGGCAGGAUCCAGCUAAACCAAAUUCAUCAGUCAGACCAGAAAAGCCUGCGUUGAAAUCCUCAGACAGCAGCCAGUUUCUCCAGUCGUUACAAGUUAGUACCUCCACCAUGGAGAACUCAGAGUCUGCAGCCUCAAGCAGGAAAGAGGAGAACAGGGAGAAAGAGGAGAAGCAAACAGGCUCACCGGCCCCAGAUGAAGCUGUGCAGGCUGUUGAGGCAGGGCAGAGCUCAGAGAGUGACACCUACAGGAGCAGUGACGCACAGACGCUGUCAGCAUCAAACACAAGUCAGUCUAAACUUGACCUCCCUCCCGUCUUAAAACGAGACCUGACCAAACACAUCAGCUCCAAGAGCAAAGCAGUAGGCCACGAGCCCAACCUGAACAUUGCCAGACGGGUGAGAAACCUGAGCGAGUCACGGAGGAGCGACUCCGAGAAGGACUCUGGGCUCAAACCGACUGUGCGGCAACUCAUCAGCUCCUCCGGCUCUCGGCGCAAUGUAAACUGGGAACAGGUUUAUCAGGAGGUCAGGAAGAAGCAAGACAAAGGGAAAGGGAUGCCAAGGUUUGGGAUAGAGAUGGUGCCGAAUGAACAUGAGGACCAGAGCCAGGAGGAAGAUGACAUUCCCGGGUUAGAUGGUUUCCACUGGGAGUCGUUGAUGGACGUCUCUGCUCCAGGUGCCCCCCGAAAACGCUCUUUAUCAGAGAGCAGCCUCGCCCCCGAAUCCACUCCCUCGCUGUUUGCGUCCCUCAUGUCAAAGGAAAUGUCACAAAGAGAAAACCUCGGCUCAGGACAGCAGGGAUCUUCAAUCCCGACCUUAUUCGCUCAAGGGAGCAAAGACAUUCACUGUGAACAAGAGGUGGAUCACACACUUGGUCAGUUUAGGGCCAAAACACAGAAGCAGCCUGAGAAGCUGACAUCAGCGACAGUGAAGGCCCUCCAGCGAUCUGAUUCGGUGCUCGGGGACAGCAGCUCGGGGACGGAGCAGUUUGACGGUCAGGGAACAGGGAAGAGGCGCAGAGCAGCCGGGGAUGCUCAUGGUGCAGAGACGUCGUGUUUGGAGCACAAUAGCAAAAGACGGAAGGUCAAAACCAAAAAAGAUCGCUUGCAGAUCGACCAGCUGCUGGCUGUGUCUCUACGGGAGGAGGAGCUGAGUCGCUCCCUGCAGACUGUGGACACCGGCCUGAUCCAGGCCCGCGCUGCACUGGAUGCCGCCUACAUGGAGGUGCAGCGUCUCAUGGUGGUUAAGCAGCAGGUGACUGUAGAGAUGAGCACACUGAGAAACAAGCGCAUUGAUUUACUAAAAGGGAUGCAAGGAAGUGUGGAGGAAGCGCCUCAGCUCAAACUGAAAGAAGAAAAGAUAGAUGUCAUGGAUACAGAUCCACACAUGGCUUGCUCCCUUAUGCUUUCCCCCGUAACUGCUGCGCUCAGUCCGAGUCCUCCUGCUCAGCGUGCCUCCCCUCCGUCCUCCAGUCUUCCCUUCAUGUCUGCAGUUAUCAAAGAGGAGCCCCAGUCUCCCAUCCACAUCAGCUCAGAGUCGGACCCUCUGGAUAAUGUCGCCCUCUGUGCUCACAGCACAACACCGGAGCUGCCUGUCGCUCCUGCUGCAGCGUCGUCACCAAAUCCUGCCCUCAACUUUCAGUCGUCUCCUGAGAGAAAUCCUGAGCUCUACCAAACCAAUACAGAACAUGUGUGGGAGAACCUUGGAGAUCUUGCAGACUGCAACGAGAGCUCGUCAAGACUGUGCGAGACAAUGGACAUUGCCGUCCAAGCAACGAGGAACUGUCUGACCCCCGAAACUGACUCCAAAUCCUCCAUAAAGCUUCUCUCACCCAGCAGGAAGGGCUCUGAUGUGGGGAGCGUAGGUGACUGUGCAGCCACAAAGACUUCGGAGAUCCCCUCUGUGCCCUCGGUGCUCAAUCUGCCUGCCUCUCCGUCCGAACUGAGCAGUGGAAAGCGCGUGAGGAAGCUCAAGAAGAGGAAGGUGUUGAAGAAGGCGCAAGGGACGGAGCACCUCGAGAGCAGUGACACCGAGAUAGACGGGGAGUUCUCGAGGCCGAGGUGGCUCCGGCCACGCAGGAGACCCAGUGGAGGCUCCCAGGUCAGCACCUCCACUCUGCCCACAGAAGAUAGAGAGGGUGACGUGAACAUGGAGAACAGUGAGGAGGUGCAUAGGCAGAAGGUGGACCACAAUUCCCCCAAACACAUGGUAGAGCUUCCCCACAUGGCCUCCACUGAGCUGAUAGUGAACUUAGAUUCAGAGGAGAGCAUGGAGGUCACCGCAGUCUGCCAGCAGCCCCACACAGAUGCUGCGGCUCCACAUCGCACCAAAGUCCAGGUCCCAAACUCCUCCAGACCCGUGCCACAGAACCUGGCCUACAACGAGGUCACCUCCACAAGUGACAUGGACAUCUGUAAAUCCUCUGAGAGCGACUUGUCGGUUCCCAUCACGUUGCCCAGGACCAUGAAGAACUCAUCAGAUGUGUCUUCUGACCACGGUGGAGAUGAUAUGCCCUCUGAGGGGGUGUUCGAGGGCCACCAGGAGGCGGUGAACGCCAUGCAGAUCCACAACGGGCUGCUGUACACGUGCUCAGGAGACCGGACCGUCAGAGCCUUCGACCUGGUGACUCAUAAAUGCGUGGGUGUGUUCGAUGGUCACAGCUCCAAAGUGAGCUGCCUGUUGGUGUCCGUGGCUCCGAGCCUCCAUCACCGGCUUUAUUCUGGUUCCAGUGAUCAGACCAUCCGCUGCUACAGUCUCAAGACUCAAGAGUUCGAGCAUCAGUUCUCUCUGUCAGACCGAGUCCUCUGCCUCCACAGCCGCUGGAGGACUCUGUACGCAGGCCUGGCGAACGGCACGGUGGUGACCUUUAACCUCAAGACAAACAAGCAGAUGGACGUGUUUGAGUGCCACGGUCCCCGGGCGGUGAGCUGUCUGGCCUCGUCGCAGGAGGGAGCGCGGAGGAUCCUGCUGGUCGGCUCCUACGACAGCACCAUCAGUGUGAGAGACGCCAAGAACGGACUCCUGCUGCGCACGCUGGAGGGACACAUCAAAACCGUCCUCUGCAUGAAGGUGGUCAAUGAUCUGGUUUUCAGUGGCUCAAGUGAUCAGUGCGUCUACACACACAACAUCCAUACUGGAGAGCUGGUGCGCGUCUAUAAAGGUCACAGUCACGCUGUUACCGUGGUGUCCAUCCUGGGGAAGGUGAUGGUGACCGCCUGCCUGGACAAACUGGUCCGAGUCUACGACCUGCAGUCUCACGACCAGCUGCAGGUCUACGGGGGACACAAGGACAUGGUGAUGUGUAUGACAGUCCACAAGAACUUGAUCUACACGGGCUGUUACGACGGCAGCGUGCAGGCCGUCAAACUGAAUCUGAUGCAGAACUACCACUGCUGGUGGCACGGUUGUUCGCUGGUCUUUGGGGUGACGGAGCAUCUGCAGCAGCACCUGAUCAACGACCACACCAGCGCCAACUUCCAGACGCUCAAGUGUCGCUGGAAAAACUGUGAAGAGUUUUUCUCCUCACGCAACAGCUCAAAGCAGGGGAUGCUGAUGCACAUGUGUAAACAUGCUGAGGAGGAGCUUGAGCCUUAAAGGCCGGUGGAGGGACCAUCGCCUUCUUCCCUUCCCCACUAUCUUUACCCCCCCACUGUUGACCUCCCAUAUUGGGGGGGGACGUUCUUGGGACCCACUUAACUUGUCAAGCCUGAUGAGUGGCGUCUGAUGACUCCAUCCUUUAUGUUUGGUGUUGGAAUCCAACCACAAUACAAUCACGACGGGAGGGUUGGUUGUGCUGUUGUUUAUUUUUAUACGUUCUAUAAAACACGCCUUCCUCUCUCUCUGUCUGUCUGACCACUGCAGUUCCUCUGUUCACUGACCAAAGUAAAACGAAGAAACACGACUUUAGUUGACUGAAGAAACUUGAGCGUUGCCGGUGUGAGAGGGAGUUGUUACGCUCUUCUUUCCAAAAAUGCGACAUUAAACAAUAAUCAUCUUCCGGAUUGGUUUCAAUAUGGCAUGAGGUUCAGAGAUGUUUUUUCAUUGUUGUUGUGAAGUUUGAUGUUGAGCAAAUCUUUCUUUUUUUGUUUUUUCUUCUAUGAAGUUUUUCUUUUAUUCACUCAAAGUAAACUCAUGUUUAUGACAUUAAUAAUUUUGAAGUUUUCAGAAAUGAAUGAUGUCGUCUCUCAGUUGUGAAAAACUGCCUUUGAAGGAGUUUCAUUGAAGUGACAGAAUUUACUGAUUUCUGGUUUGGUUUUAAUUUUAUUUUGGAGGAGAAGAAGGAGGUUUUUUCCAACAGUUGUUGGGUUGAGUUACAUCGAUCUUAUUUUUCUGUUGCUCAUUCAGGUGAUUUAAAGGAGCUGAGGGACUUUGGUGCGGUGCUGUGUGACUUGGCCUGAGGUUGCCUUUUCUGAGAAUUUGCCUUUGCAGUGAAAACCGAGACGUGCGUGUGUGUGUGUUUGUGUGCGCGAGUGUGUGUGUUUCUAAAUGUUUGGAUUUAUUCCUCAUAACUGUCGACAGAGUGCUUUUCUAUGAGUGAGUGUGAGGUGAUGACUUAUGUUUGGAUUUCAUCCUCGGGAAAUAUUGUAUUUUUGGAAUCUAUUAUAUAUUUGGAGCAUCGAGCAGAAGGCACUGGAGCUGUAUUUUCCACAGUCGCGAUGGUUUUCUUACAAAGUGUGGAGGUGAAGGAUGUUAAGAGGAGGUGUUGGAUGGAAGAGCUUGAAGGGAAGAGUUAGGAUUCAUGUCCCAUGCCAUACCUCACCCUCUUUAAAGACAAGCGAGUUGGUGACUGCUUUUUUAACCGGCUCGUCAGACCAGUUUUAACCAGUGUGAAAGUCGACCCUCUCUCCGGCAGACUUCGUGUGGUGACAGCUCUCGUGUUCGAAUCCUCUGCAGAGGGUUCGUUAACCAGAUGUUCUCACAGCCGCCAUCCUUAAAUCCCUCCUCGCCCGUUUGUUAUCUACGACGAAAGCAUGCAGCUCACCUCUUACCUGGCAUUCCUGAGUUUCUUCAAGUAUUUCAGUUGUUGUCAAACUUGUGACGAGAUAUUUUUUAUGAAAGUGCAAUCAAAGAAAUUGUUAAUUAUAAUAAAAAAAAAAUGUUGCAGCAUUUAAAA